UAUUGUUUUGCUUCCAGUCUGUCCUCUUCACACAUCGCUAGUGUUACCCAAUCACUUAUUAGUGUAUGCAGUGGAAUCAAAGUUUGCUGUAAUAUUUUGGAAAAGGUUUUCUGUGCUAAAGCAACAUGAAAAUCUUUUCCAAUUCCACGUUGAUAGCUCCCAGUUACGAAAAAGAGAAGGGAUGCUGCAAUUUUUUCCGACGAAGUUAUUCCAUAACCUCGUUUAGAAUCCAAUUGCGAUCUCAGACCAUCAAGCAAGUGCAAAAAGAUAGCCUUUGAAAUUCUAAAAUUUUCAAUAAAACUGAAAAAAACAAACGAUUCUUCAUAAAAAUAAGCGAACAGUGUAUAGUACAUGUUCCGGUACAUACGCUUCAUCGGCUAGAGCUAAAGGAUCCGAAGUAUAUCGUAGCAUUCGUCGAUGUCGCACUAAUUCUAGCUUAGCAGCACCUUCCCUGAUAACAAUGGUGAAUUAUUUUUCAAGCAAAUUCACCUGUGGUGAAAUGGUGAAAUUGCAAGCCAAAGGAAACGCUUGUCAAAGCUGUGGUAGGUUCGGAAGAAGCAACGAAGAAGAAGUGGUUAAAUAAAAACUGUCAACAAAUCGGCCGGUAUUUUUUCAAGACAAGCUUAAACAUAUUACUGACGCAAUCGAAAGUUGUAUUUGCUUGUGAUUUUUGAAUAAAUGGAUCCGAUUAAGCGUGGAAAAAAGAGUGGCCUGUUCAGGAAGCGAUCUUUGGCAAAGAUAGCAAAGAUUGAUAAGCUGUUACAGGCCGAAAAUCAACCCGUCCCAAGCACGAGCAGGGAAACACAAGAUCCGGAACAUAUUCAUCCUGUGGCGGAACAAUCGAUCCAAGAUUCAUCGUCCUUGGAAGAUCUAUCAUCCAUCGGAGAUUUGCCAAUAGCAGAGGAGCAGGAAGAGCUAAUUUUGGAUGAUGAUGAGGAUAGCGAUAUUUCGGACUACAUCAUAACGGAGAGCGAUGAAGAGGAUGAAAAUGAUCCGGACCUUGUUGUUGAAGACGAAAACAACCAAGCUCUUCAUUUGUUUUCCAAGCGAUUGAGAGUUUGGGCAUUAUCACAUAAGAUUACUCAUUCUGCUUUAAAUGAUCUUCUCGUUUUAGUUCGUGAAACUACGGAUAUACAUCUGCCUAUAGAUUCCAGGACUUUUUUGAAGACUCCGAUAGGCGUUGGGAAUGAAAUUUCAAGUGUAGCUGGCGGGCAACUGUGGUACCAAGGAAUUCAAAACGCGAUACAAUAUUGUUUUCCAAAUAUGACCCCUGCUGUUGACGUUAUAUCAAUAAAUCUGUUCACAGAUGGUUUACCGUUAUAUAACAGCGGGCCAACACAGCUAUGGCCUAUUUUGAUGCAGCUUCAUAACGUCCCGGAAGCUCCGAUAUUGGUGGUUGGAGUUUUUUGUGGUUUAUCUAAACCGGAUAAUGUGGAACAUUAUCUGCGCCCACUUGUAACGGAAUUGAAUCAGAUACUGGAAGAAGGAAUAAUUAUUAACACGAAAUCCUUCGGUGUCUGUUUUAGAGCGUUCAUAGCAGAUUCCCCGGCACGAUCCUUUAUAAAAGGAGUUACCUCUCACAACGCUACUUGUGGUUGUACAAAGUGUGAAAUAGUAGGACGAUUCGAUCACGUUGCACGGACAACUGUGUAUGAAGGUGUUGCAGCAGAUCGAACAGACGCGGAAUUUCGACAGGGGAAAUAUAUAAUAGGGCAUCAGAAACGACUGACACCGUUAUUAGAUAUAAGAGGAAUAGAUAUUAUUAAGCAGGUUUUAGUAGCAGAUGAACUACAUUUACAUCAUCUAGGAGUUAUGAAGAAACUUUUAAAGGGAUACACAGGAUCAUUAAAAAGAUUUACGGCAUUAACAGCAUCAGAACAGGAGGAAAUGAAUAGGGUCUUAGUAAAAAUUCAGCUUCCUUCAGAGAUACAUCGAGGAGUUAGGUCGUUGCAGUAUGUAAAAUUUUGGAAGGGGACCGAAUUCCGUUCAUUUUUAAAUCAUAUUGGCAUUCCUUUGCUUCGAGGUAGAAUUCAUGACUCCGAUUACGAACAUUUUAAACUUUUUUAUGUUGCACAAACUUUGCUUUCCAAUCAAUAUUUUGAAAUUUACUGGGAAUACGCUGGACAAUUACUACAAAAAUAUGUUGCCGAUUUUAGUUCUGUUUAUAGUAGAGGUCUUUUAACGAGUAAUGUACAUAAUCUUUUGCACGUCCAUGCAGAUGUUAGUAUGUUCGGUCCUCUUCCAACAAUUUCAUCAUAUCCGUAUGAGAAUAAGUUGCAGUUCAUCAAACGUCUAGUUAGAACAGGGCCUAGAACGCUAGAACAGGUGGUUUGCCGGCUAACCGAACUUAGGGAAGUAGAAGUUGCAGUCAGUCAAGAGUCUAAGGUUUAUCCGCAUUUGAAAAUUAAGUCAGGGGAAGUAAUUUUGCACAUUAGAAAGGAUUUUUUGUUAAGACAGGGCAAUAGGAAUGGAUGGUUUUUGACAAAGGACAAAGAAAUAAUUAGGUAUUAUACUGCGACACAAGAUUCAGAAAAUGUUUACAUAGAAGGUCAUAUACUACAGAAGAAGAGUUUAAGUUUCACACGUCCAUGUAAUUCAGACAUAAUAUUUAAUUUUGAUGGUAGAUUAGAUGAUUUAUCGGAUGAGGUAGCUAAAAUCAAUGUUGAUAGGGUAAUGUGUAAGCUAGCAGCAGUUUCGGUAGAUGAAGGAAUAAGUUAUCAUUUCAGUCCAUUACUACAUACUUUAGCAGACUAGUUUAGAUUCAAGGUUUUGUUUUUAUUUUCAGAUUUCGCACUCUAUUGGUAAAUCGUUCUAAUUGUGCUAUCCAAAAACGCAACUUGUUAUAAUAUUCUAUACUUUUUAGCUUUCUACAAUUUCUUUUCAGCUGGCUAGCAAAUGCUUAGAUGCGUUAAACGCAUCUUUGAACUCCUAUCCCAACCUCCACGUGGUGCUAGCUGGAUUGUAACUAUUGCAUAUUCCUUACAAUUACAGUGAUGAAGGAUUAUGCAAUUGUUACAAACAGAUACGGAAGGGGGCCAUUUGAACAAUUGUAUCAU